AAGCAAGACGCGACGCCGAGCCAAGAUUAGCAGUGCUCAUCCUCUAAACGAAGUGAUAAGAAAUCACCCGUCGCAGUCUCAAUUGAUAAGGAAGCCGGUAAUAGAAAAAAAUCGGCCGCUUUUUUAGUUGUCUGCCGGCAUUUAACAAACAAAUACAUAAAUAUAUUUAAAAAAUGUCGCCGAUUGGUUUGAACAAUGAUAAGAUUGUUAACAUUUGUAUUAAUAGUGAGUGUACAACAACAAUUUAAAUUACGAUUGAUAAUAAUAAUAAUAAUAAUAAUACAUAGCCCCUCCUUGGACAAAUCUUGUGACAGUGAUCAGUUUCUUCGUUUGGUUAGUGAACAAAUCAAAACGGUGAAUUAGUGCUUCAAUUUUGUGAGAAAUAUCCGAUAUAUGAAAGGACACAAAUAAAUGACAGAAUAGCAAAGGACUCUUUUAUUGCAAAAAUGACUGACUGAAGAUAAAAAAAAAUCACUACAGUUGACCAGAGAGCAAAGAACCUCUUGUCGAUAUUAGUGUCGGAUUUACCCUCGUGGACUAUUAAUGACGUGUCGUGAUGAAAAAAAUGACUGUGUGGCAAGGUGACCGAGUCCAAGUAAUAAAAUCGAGCGCCCGUCAUCGUCAGUGGUCCGGAUUGCGAUCUAACAAUUGACUAAUUUGUUUAACCGCAACAAAACACACGAACAAACUACGUGGAAGACAAUCCGUUCAAUUGGCACCACUGCAACCGACGACAACAUUGCCGUACACAAUGAUCGCGACGAUAAUGAUGAUGAUGAAGAUUGUUCGGCUGCCGAGCCGCAUGACGUCACGCAGCUUCCGUUGCAGUGCAAAGGCGUUCAAACUGGUGUGCAUUCUGACUGUGAUAAACCUUCCCACUUCGGAGGGUUACAAUUUUAGGGAAACGAAUCUUCCCUGCCCGGGUCCGGCUGAUAAAGGACCCUGUAAUAGGUCCCUUUAUAAAUGGGCCUACGAUGCCGAGAAACAAGGCUGUGUCAUGUUUAUAUGGGGUGGAUGUGGCGGAAAUGACAAAAACCGAUUCGAUUCCGAACUUAUAUGUUUACGUUCUUGUACUGGGAAAAAGCUGUCAACAUCCGAAAAGUAUACUACAACGGCGUUACCUUUAGAAGAUCGGGGAUCUCGUUUGACAUUUCUGGAAACAGGUCGACAAAAUACUUUCAUGUUUGCUCAAUCAAAUACAUUCAUUCAAAUUGAUGGAGAUGUAAUACAAACGUUUCAACUACGACUUUGUAGACAAAUUUCGUUCCGAUUUCGAACAAGACUACCCCAUGGACUUCUAGUAUACCACAACGUGAAAGUACCAUCGGGUAUACCUCUACAUCCCUACGCCCUGUACAUUAUAGUCCAACAAGGACAGCUCAAAGUAGUUCACGUUUAUGGAAAGCACUCUACUGCAUUAACUGUAGGACGUGGAUUAAAUAGGGACGAAUGGCAUUCUGUUACAGUUCGAAUUGAUGUGCAUGGCGCUCGUCUCACGGCGAUUGUAGAUGAUUUAAAAGAAGAAAUGGACCUGCAAGGAUUACAUAAGGAAAACAAUUACGGCGUCUCUUCUAAUUUAACAUCUGUAGUUUUAAUUGGAGGUCUCAGUUCCGAAGAGCGUUUACACGGUGUCAAGUACAUAAUUGAAUCGUUUGUUGGGUGCAUCAAAGACGUUGUUCUAUCAGCGGGAAAAUCGGCGUCCGACAUGCUACCGAUCACCCCUUUGGUGGCAACGAAACACGAAAACGUUCAGGAGGGAUGCAUCAACAAGUGCGACACUUACGAAAAUCUCUGCUUUCAAGGGUCGCGCUGUGUCAACCACUACAACACUCUCACGUGCGAUUGUUUCGGAACUAAUUACGAGGGGGAAUUCUGCGACAUUUACACUGCAACUGUUCUGACUCUCCGAGGAUCCUCAUAUGUCUCCUACAGAGUCUACGAUUGGAAAGACAGGGUCCAUUCCGCGAUCAAUCGACUUUCGAUGAUGUUCAAAACAAACUUUGACGAUUCUGCAUUAUUCUACGCGAGCGGGGGUGAACAAGGAAUUGACCACUACAUAGCUGCGUCGAUAUACAACAACUCACUUUAUAUAAAUAUGGAUUUUGGGGACGGACCCCUGAACGCAAUCCUGGGACAAAACGCCAAUCUCAGAGAGUGGAACAACCUCACAAUCUUUCACGAAUAUGAUCAAGUUCAUUUGUCCCUCAACGACGAAAAAGUAACGCUAAAUAUAACCGGAAACACUCUGCUUUACAUCGAUCCAGAGAUUUAUAUCGGUGGGGGACCUGAACUGCAAAAACGGAUCGGGUUACUUUCAGGAAACAACUUUGCAGGCUGUAUCAAAUAUGUUUUUUACAACGAUAUCUCUAUCAUUUACGAACUGAAAAAAAUGAAUCCCAAAGUGCAUUACAUUGGGAUCCUACGUCCCGAAUUCUAUGAAGCAGAUGUUGACGUCAUUCCCAUUACAUAUCCCUUUUCUUCCUCCUACAUUUGGUGGCCAAAUAAUCAGACUGACCAACUUACCCUUGCUUUUGACUACAAGAGUAGCAGUAAUUUGAGCGUUCUCGCGUCAAGCGAAGCCAAAACAGGCUUCUACUGGGAAAUAAGGGUAGUGAAUGACGAAGUUCGCUUCGAACUGGCUGAUUCGAACAAAAACUCGACACAUUUGAUAAGCGUGAAGAAGACCAGAGGCAUUUGGCACUCUUUAGAACUGAUUUACGAACAUGGAAACGUCACCCUGAAGCUAGAUAACAGAGAAAAGCAGGAGAGACUAAGCGAGCUUAAAUUUUCAGUGGGCGAUAAGGUUAAGUUAGGAAGUGGGUCAAGGAAUAACGCAGGAUUAGUUGGAUGUAUGAGAAACAUUGUGGUGAAUAGUGCCAGAAUAGAUCCGAGAUUCAUUCUUCAAACUGAGAGGGUUGUUGGAGAAGUUACCAUAGACGAUUGCCAAUUUGUGGAUCCCUGCAGAAGGCCAAACACUUGUGAGCAUAAUGGAAAGUGUUCCGUCAAAGAAGACCGACUCAUUUGCGAUUGUACUGGAACUGGUUAUAUCGGAAAGAAUUGCCAUUUCGCGAAAUAUAGAAAAACGUGCGAAGAACUAGCCCUUUUAGGAUAUACGAAACCCGACGUUUAUUUGAUAGACAUCGAUGGAAAUGGUAGGUUUCCACCGGCCCACGUACGAUGCGAAUUUCAAAGUCUGGAAGAUUCCACCAAAACCAUCGUAGAGCACAAUCUUCCCAGUCAAAUCGAUGUUAGAUCACCGUCCGAAAAAGAUUUUAGUUUUACCAUAAAAUACAGAGAAUUCACACCUGAUAUGCUUCAAGAACUCGUCUCUCAUUCGUUAAAUUGCAGUCAGUACAUCAAAUACGAUUGUUUCAAAGCUCCCUUGGACCUACACUCGUCGACGUGGUUUAUAAGUUCUGCAAAUCUUACAAUAGAUUACAUUGGAAACGUUAAAAGGGGAACUUGCCCAUGUUCUUUAAAUAGAAGUUGCGAAGAUCCCUCUCAGUGGUGCAACUGUGACGCGGAAGAUGACAAAUGGAACUCUGAUGAUGGGUAUUACAUUGCAGGAAACAGUUUGGGUAUAACACAGAUGAUCUUUUUGCAACAGCCUGACCUUCCAGAAGAUGCUCUCGGACGUGUUACUUUAGGACCACUGGAAUGUGUUGAAACAAAUACACAAAGAUAUGUUGUCACAUUCACUACAAGUCAAUCGUACAUAGAAGUACCGGGGUGGAGAAAAGGCGAUUUAGCAUUUUCAUUCAGAACAACCGGCAAAAAGGCGAUUCUCUUAUAUCAGCCUCCGAUAAGACCCAAAUAUCCCAGUUUUAUGGUUGCUCUUACAAGUGAUUAUCAACUGACGUUUAAUUUUACGUUGAAUACCGGUGUAGCGAAAGAACUUGUCAUAGUCUCCAACAGACGAUUAAAUGGGGGAGAGUGGCACAAACUUUGGAUAGACUAUAAUAAAUAUCAUGUCAGAUUUAUGAUUAACGAAGACUAUCAAAUGGUCGAUCUGAAACCAGAAGAAGAAUUUGGACCAUUUGAAGGAUCAAUGUUCAUUGGAGGAGCGCCAUAUGAUUUGUUGCACCCAAAAUCAUCAGUUCAUCAAGGUCUAAUAGGAUGUUUUAGAGGCUUGGUCGUCAAUGAAGAGAUUCUAGACAUUUAUAGUUACAUGAGCGUUCAUCUGAGCGAAAUAAUCAAGGAUUGUAAACCAUCGUGUGUCCCAAAUCCUUGUCAAAAUGGGGCCCAAUGUAAAGAACUGUGGAGCACCUUCGAAUGCAUAUGUCCAAAUCCUUGGGCCUACACUGGGAAAUUUUGUGAAAAUAAUAUAAAUACCAACGCUCUUAUGUUCACUCAAUCGGAAUCAUACGUAAAAAGAAAUUAUCUAGCAACAGAUGAAUCUGAAGAAAAAGAAGCAUUGAAAAACAUAUUCCAAGGACAACUAUUACUCAAUUUGAGAACGUACGACCAAAGGGCUUUAAUAUUAUACGCCAACGAUCACCUUAACAAUUUCGUGCAGAUUCAUAUAGACAAUGGGAUCGAAGUAAUUUAUCUAUUCAACUACGGAAAUGAAAUAUUCAACAUAAGCGUGGAUCAUCCCGAUUUAAACACAAGUAGAUCAGUACAACUUGCUGUAGAACGAUAUGAAAACUAUACAACCCUCCAUGUCAACGAAAAAAACAAAACGAUCCCCAUUGGGGUGCUUCUCCUGGAAGAAUAUUCUAGUAAACCAUGGGCCAAUCCAGAAAAUGAGGUCCUGGCACCCCAAAGACCGCCCGCUCCACCCACAGAAUAUUUCCAAAUUAAUAUCGGUGGCUUCGAACCAGAAAGUUUAAUCAAAAUUUCUGACUAUUCUCCGGUGUUGCCCGGAUAUAUUGGAUGCAUGAGGGGACUUUCAGUGGGAGAAGUUUUAAUAGAUUUGCCAUCUAAAGCUAAGAAUAUUAAAUCAGGUGUUAUCGAGCAUUGCAACAUGAAGUGUGACGAAAUGCCAUGCAAAAAUCAAGGUCUGUGCAUUGAAGAUUUUCAAAAACAGGAUCACACCUGCAACUGUGAACAUACGAGUUAUUAUGGCGAAUUUUGUUCGGACGAAAAAGGUGCAGACUUUAGCGGGGAGUCGAUUUUAUGGAGAGAGUACGUACUAAAUGGGUCAGUAGAUCAUGUCAAAAUUCAAUUAGCUUUUUCGAGCAUGGAUAACCGACAAAAGAAUACCGUCCUCUUACUUCUUCAAACAGAGAAUAGCCGAAGCUACUACCUACUGGUCGGUCUAAGCCCAGAAGGUUUUCUAAUCGUCCAGGAAGACAGAGAAGGUGCCGUUUUUAGUACAACUAUUCAAAAUAAAAGUUUCAUCAAUGGUGCUCGUCACUCAGUAUACUAUCGACGAGACCACAACGUUUCGGAACUUUUGGUUGACAAAGAGGAGAUACCAAUGGACCAAAUACCUGCACAGACGUUUACUAAUGUACCAGAAAUGGGCGCAAACGAGGUCCAAAUAGGUGGCCAUAACACUACCGAUCCUAGAUUUGCUAUUUACAAGGGUUACAGCGGUUGCUUAUCAAACAUUUUUAUUGAGGUUAACGAACAUGUAAUGAAACCUCUUGAAGAGUACAUGCUUUUCACGAAAACAGGGGCUGAAAAGGUAAACGUUUCAAACUCACACGGGGUCAGAAGUGCCCAGUGCAGUUCUAAUUUUGACAUACCCCAUAAAAUACCGGAAGAAACGUUUUUCCUAAAUAUUAGCCAGGGUAAAGACAAAACUUGGGUUGAAGAUGCACCACAAAGAAUACUUUAUAAAGCCAGGUAUAAAACCACAUCUGUACAAGAAGAUAAAACCGGAAAUAUAAUAGUGAUAGCCUUAUCAGUAUUCUUUGUGGUCGUGAUGAUUUGCGUAUCGUAUGAAUUGUACCGUACAGAUAAGAACUACAGGAGAAGAAAAGAGUUAGAAACGGACGCUGCCAUUCUUUGGCACAAAGAACAAGCAACUAAACUUCAGGAACAAGCAGCGGAUGUUAAAGCACCUCCUGCUAGUAAACCAGUUCAAAAUGGAAAAGUUGUAAACGAAGUUCCUUCUGAAGAAAAAGCAAACGGAAAUGGUGUCCAAAUACAAAUUCCUAAAGAUCAAGACUUUACAGUUAACGAACCUUUACCCCUUAUUACCCCAACAAAAGUAAAGGAGAAAAGAAUAAGUUUCAGAGAUAGCGCCAGUGAACUAGAAUGGGACACUCCAGAAGAAAGACCUGUUCUUUGUACAAUGAUUGAAGACGAAGAGGAAGAGGACGAUGAAGAGGAAGAAGAAGAAAAAAGUAGCACAGACAAGAACGACAACGAUGAUGUGAAAAACGAAUUGCAACAACAACCUCUAGUUAUUCAUAUAAAGGACUCAUCUCCACCUAGCAGCCCAAAUGCUACACCACUACCUUUUAAAAUGGAAGAAUUGGGACCAUCAGAACAAAUGACCUGUACAUCGUACGCUUAAUUACGACAUUAACCUUUACUAACUGAUGAGUUCUUAAAUAAAUUGUAUUUCCACA